GCCCGUUGUUUGUCCCAAAGUGUGGGUUGCGGAAUUGAAGGACACCACCGCAGACAAUGUUUUCGUGACUUUAUCGGAAUGAGUAUCUACGUGUCAUGUGAAUUUGGAUUUUCGGUGAAGUUUCCCAUGAUGUCAUCCGUUCCAGAGGGGCACGUGCCGUGUCUUAUGGUGUACUGAGUAUAGAAGAUAGGUAGUGAAUAGUUGCUAUGUCGUAUCGGGAGACACCCAGUUUGUACCAAGAAUAGAUUUUCUAGCGAUUGAGUUAUCGGAAGUCGGUCAUGAGACGAGCAUAUAAAAUGGAGAGGUUUUUGUAACGAAGAGAGAAAGAGAUAGAAGCUCAACUGCUAUACCUCAAGAGUCUUUGCAGUAUCAGAAAAGAUUGAAACAUGAGUGACGAUCAGAUGGAUUACUUGGCAGCCAACACACACAGAGAUGGCCAAGAACUGCUAAACAAUGCGAAAGAAGUGCCCCAAAGUCCUUCAUCGCCUAUUGGUGAAGACGUGAUUGAAAACGAGAUUUCGGGUCGUUCUGGAGGGCCUUGCGCGCCUGAAGAUGAUAAUCUUGGAACAUGUGGACACUGCCAUCCAAUCUACCGCAUUUACUUUGCGUGUGGUUGCUACAUCACUGUCUGUGGGAGUUGCAAGCAAGACUGCUACCAAAACUGCCCACACUGUGGCUGUUACCGGAAGUGAUCGACUACAACAGAAGACUAACACGAUCACUGAGCAACAGUUUUAGCUUUAGACUGUAUACUUAAUAGUGUGUAGUGACAGUAUACUUAAUAGUGUAUAGUGACAGUAUACUUAAUAGUGUGUAGUCAGAUAGAUUGAUUUCGUAGGGAGUGAAAUAAACUCUCUCUUACUGUAAGCUCCCUCAAAGGAGCAUCAGUACUGGACGCUAACCAACGUAAUACACAGUUUCUAUCAAAACAUAUAAACAUAAUGCUACCGGUGAAUGUCAAGUGUAUUUCUUCCAUGAUGUUUUAACUUGCAAUUGACAUUUGAUAUGAUGCACACACAAAACUUGCAGCCUCUCAGACCCCAAGUCAAAUGCGAAGGCUGUAAACAGCUUUCAACUGAUGUUGACAUUUAUAGAGGGUUUGACUGCCGAACACCUCAGAACCUGUGCAGCGAGUGUAUCAAUAGAGACACUUGCCCACUACAUAAGGUCUGUAGACACAGACAUACAGCUGAUUAUGACAGCUAGAAUAUUUUUUCUGGAUUCAUUUUUGUAGUCCUUUCACUGUAUAUAUACUUCACUCAUUGUCACCACAAUUAUUUUUACACCAUGUUUUAUUGGGCUAUAUAUCAUCUAUCUUGUGAAGUGUUCAUUAAGUUUACCUAUAUAGUAUUAAUUUUUCUAGAUUCAUUUUUGUAGUCCUUCACACAAUGUUUUGCACUGCUUUCCUCUGUAUAUACUUCCAGUCAUUGUCACCACAAUCAUUUUUACGCCAAGUUUUAUUGGACUAUCAUCCCUGCAUAAACUGUUUGUUUAGCCUUGUUGAUAAGGCGGCUAUGUUUGCAUAAACUUUACACCCAGCACAGCAAUGCGCUCGUCCGCGCCGAAGUAGGCUCUCGCUCUCCGACGUGAUGGCUAAAGAACAGCAAAAGGGUUGUAAAUUUGAUAGGGCUGCUGCGGACGCAGUACUAGACGGAGGAAGUGCUAGAGCUAUGUCACUGUGUGAAGGCUGUAAACAGCUAUCAACUGAUGUUGACAUUUAUAUAGGGUUCGACUGCCGAACACCUCAGAACCUGUGCAGCGUGUGUAUCAAUAGAGACACUUGCCCACUACAUAUGGUCCGUAGACACAGACAUACAGCUGAUUAUGCCAGCUAGAAUAUUUUGGAUUCAUUUUUGUAGUUCUUUCAGUGUGUAUACUUCACUCAUUGUCACCACAAUCAUUUUUACCAGCACGAACUGUUCGUUUAGCCUUGUUGAAAAGGCGGCUAUAAUUGCCUUUCUCCCAGCGAUUUUGUUCCGCAACCGCAAUAAAGCACGGCGCGCGUGCGUGCGAGCGGACCUCGUGCAGCGGACGAAGGAUCGGACAUGGUGGCAAUCAACACUCCAUAAAUAUGAGCGUAACAAGCCCCUCUUUGUUAUCUCCGACUUCUUUCGCUUCGGAAUCAAUAAAAAGUUCUCUGCCCAGCAAGUCGGAUGGGGAAAGGAACGCAAGCAAGGAUGCAGGAGAAGGCGGAGGGGACAAGAUUGAGCAGAAGGAGUUCUUCUGGGAUCAGUUCCUCACUUACAUGGCCACCAUUAUUGCACUUUUGACGGUUCUCGACAUAACUCUGCAGUUUUUCAGGGGUGGUGGAUUAUCCUGCCGAGUCCCGUCCAAUGGGACAGAGCCGACGAGAGACGAAGUUGUUUUUAUCAACACAUUUUGCCAGCAAAGCCUCUCUCGAGCGGAGUAUUAUCCACUCUUUGUUCUCAUUCAGGGUCUCUUGCUUGCAGCACCGCAGUAUCUAUGGGCUUCUCUUUUUGGUGGAGAAUUUGACUUCUUCUUUGGUCUCGUUCAACAACUCGAUCGCCUACGAGAGAGAAAAACGGGCCAGUACCGCUCGCAAAAUUUCGAAAUUGUUGACAAGCUUGAGAAGCACUUUCCCAGAAAGUGGAGGCUCUUGAGUAUUUUUACGCUCUAUGUUACCAAACUUGGGUUACAGUUUGUUGUUAUAUUCAUAGCUAUCAUUGUCAACGGAGCUUUUUUCCAAGCAAGGGAGUUUUCUUUUACUUUCAAGUGUCCGCGGGAUUUCGAUCCUAGGUCGAUGCCAGAGGGUUGGUGGCUGUCGCAAGAUGUCGUAUGCGUGUUCACGUCGUUUCGACUUCAUCGAACGAUCCAAAACGUGAAUUAUCUUCUUCUCUGUCUUGCAUUUGUCGCUGUGCUCUACGGCCUUAUUUGGUGCUUCACUCGCCAUGCUAAAGUUUUAGGCUACAGAGAAAUCGCUCUCUUUGCAUUUAACUCUUGCCUUCGUCCCGAGGAUUACGUGCACAGUGGUUGGUUUAAGCCAAGGAUCAUGAACGAUUUAGACUUUCUGUUAAUACGACUUUUUCAGGCGGACUCAGGCUGUGGAAACGUCUUUAAAGACAUUCAGAUAGAGAGGGAGCUGAGAAAGGAGGUGAGAAAGGAUCACGAAUAUCUUUACCUUCUUCUGGAUGCAAUGAAAGACAGCAGACGCGCUCAGAAACGAGCAAAGCAGCCUUCGCAACCACAGACUGAAAGAAAGCAAUCAGGUCAACCGCCAGCACGCUGUGGGUUCUCAGUAGUGCGAAGAACAUUUAAUUCAUAA